AUGGAUGAAGACUCAUUUAUGGAGCUAUUACAUUUAGUAACUCCACACAUAAAGAGACGAAACACAGUCAUGAGAGAUGCCAUUCCGCCAGCAGAAAGACUCUCCAUCACAUUAAGGUUUCUUGCAACAGGUGACACUUAUCAAUCUCUCGUGUACUUGUACAGAAUCCCAAAGCAGACUUUGUCUACUAUAAUUCCUGAAACAUGUACAGCCAUUUAUAAUGUUUUAAAGGAAAGAUAUUUGAAAGUACCAUCAACCCCAGAAGAAUGGGAACGUAUUGCAAAUGAUUUUGAAAUGAAAUGGAACUUUCCGAAUUGCAUAGGGGCAAUUGAUGGGAAGCACAUUACCAUAAGAAAUCCUGUGGGGAGCGGAUCCCGCUUUUAUAAUUACAAAGGGUUCUAUAGUAUAGUUUUAAUGGCUGUUGUUGAUGCCGAUUAUAAUUUUAUUUACAUAGAUAUUGGCUGCAAUGGAAGAAUUAGUGACGGGGGUAUUUUUGCGAGAUGCUCACUUCAUGAACGCCUAGAAAAUUCUACCAUGUCUCUACCACCACCAAAGCCACUGCCAGGACGUCGGAAUGAUACACCGUAUAUAAUUGUUGGUGAUGAGGCUUUCCCCCUGAAACCCUAUUUACUGAAACCCUAUCCAUCACGACAACUUGAUGAUCCGGCCAAGCAAAUCUUUAACUAUAGUCUCUCUAGAGCGCGUCGUAUUGUAGAGAAUGUAGCAAAGUCCCAGGAUGUAUAUAUGCCCACAGGAAGUAUGGACUGUGAGGAUUUUGAAAAAAUCAGUAUUAUCCAAGGGGAUUGGCGUAGGGGUCCAACUCCCCAGGGUAAUUUCAUUGCUUUGUCAAGUCAAGGUGGAAACAGAACAAAUAUUGGGACAAGGGAAAUUCGUGACGAGUUUUGCGAUUAUUUCUUCACAAACAGACAAGUGACCUGGCAGUGGGAUAAGACAAAUUGA